GCGGCCGGAAGCGCGGGGCGGGCGAUGCUGGCUGCGGGGCGCCGCGUGGCCUGCGCCGUGUCCGGCGGGGUGGACAGCGCCGUGGCCGCCCUGCUGCUGCGCCGCCGAGGCUACCAGGUGACGGGCGUCUUCAUGAAGAACUGGGACGCCCUGGAUGAGCAAGGGGCUUGCUCCAUUGACAGAGAUUGCGAAGAUGCUUACCGGGUUUGUCAGAAGCUGGAUAUUCCUUUUCACCAGGUUUCCUAUGUGAAAGAGUACUGGAAUGAAGUUUUCAGUGACCUCUUAAAAGAGUAUGAGUUGGGAAGGACUCCUAAUCCUGAUAUUGUGUGUAACAAGCACAUCAAAUUCAACUACUUCCUUCAUUAUGCUAUGGAUAACCUUGGAGCAGAUGCAAUUGCUACUGGGCAUUAUGCUAGGACCUCACUGGAGGAUGAGGAAGUGUUUCAACAGAAACAUAUUAAAAGACCACAAAGGCUUUUCAGAAACCGUUUUGAAGUUAGAAAUACUGUGAAACUCCUUCAGGGGGCUGACCUCAUUAAGGACCAGACCUUCUUUCUAAGUCAGAUCUCUCAGGAUGCUUUGAGGAAAACCAUUUUCCCUUUAGGAGAUUUAACAAAAAGUUUUGUAAAGAAGAUAGCAGCAGAACAUGACCUUCAUCACGUGCUAAAGAAAAAAGAGAGUAUGGGAGUCUGUUUUAUUGGUGAAAGAAACUUUGAAAAUUUCCUUCUUGAGUAUUUAGAACCUCAACCAGGUAACUUUGUUUCCAUUGAAGAUAAGAAGGUGAUGGGAACACACAAAGGUUGGUUUCUCUACACAAUAGGCCAGAGGGCUAGACUAGCAGGCCUGAAGGAUGCUUGGUUUGUUGUAGACAAAGAUUUCAGCACUGGAGAUGUCUUUGUGGCACCAUCAACAGAUCACCCUGCUCUGUACAGAGACCUAUUGCGGACAAACCGAGUGCACUGGAUAGCAGAGGAACCUCCUGCUGAGCUUGUUAGAGAGAAGAUGAUGGAAUGUCAUUUCAGGUUUCGGCACCAGAUGGCACUGGUGCCUUGUGUGCUGACACUAAACCAAGAUGGGAGUGUCUGGGUGACACUAGUGAAGCCAGCAAGAGCUAUCACACCUGGGCAGUUUGCAGUGUUCUACAAGGGUGACGAGUGCUUGGGCAGUGGGAAGAUCCUAAGGAUGGGCCCAUCGCUGUACACCAUGCAACAGGGCAGACAUCGAGAGGAGGAUGCAAAGAAGGAGGAGACUGACAAAGUAGAACCAGUAACAUAACACAUGGGCUUGUUUUCUGAAAGCAAAAACAAGGACUGAGGACUUUGGAGACUUUGCUGCCCAAGAAUAAUAAAAAUAAUAAUAAAACAUAUUGUAUUUGAUCCGUGUAUUCUAAAGGUCUGUUGAACAUCAAGUCCCAGCUUUUGAUUGUUAGCACUGAACAGGUUUAAAAGUAAAGCCAGUUUGGUACAAUCUUACUGGACUGGUCAGUGAUAUUUAUGUUAAUAUGUAUCACAGUCUGUCUUUAAGUCAGUGUGUAAUAGUAGUUAUAUGUACGAGAAUUUUAAUAUAAAAAUUGUGUCUGAAAUCAUAACUCUACCUUUUAAGCAUAAGUGAAGUCUUUUUCUUACUUGGAAGAUACCGGCCUCUAGGUGAAGUAUAUAUGUUGUUUUGCAGUGAGUGUAUGUUUGUGCUUUGAACUCUGGAAAAGGAAUGAGUGAUAUUUAAUUUCAGCAUUUUGAAUGAACUCUGAGCAACAGAUACUUAUUUUUAAUUUAAUACAGUUUUAUAAGAAAUGCUUUAGAUUCUUAAGGUGUAUUGUGGUUUUAGCUGUUUACAUAAUUCAGAAUUACAGAUCAAGGGGCUUAAAAGCAAUGUUGAUAGUUAAAUUUUUCACACAACUGACUUAUUUUUUGUUAACUACCAAGGACAGGCUUUUUGUUUUGUCUCCUGGAGAAGAGAAUCUAUUGUCAUGCUUCAGCAAAAUGCAAAUUCAUAUCCAUUGCUAUAUUAUAUAGAUAACUUAAUGUAGACCUGAUAAUAAUUGGAUCUUGGAUCAUGCCAUGUGUCAAAAUGGAGUGGUAUUAGGAAGAGCUAUGUACCCCUGUCCAAAUUAUUCAGUUACAACGGCUGAAUGCGUGUUGACAGCAAGUCAACAAAAUUGAAAUCCUGUCUUCUAACACCACAGUAGAAGGUAACAUUCACUGAAGUCUAACUGUGCAGGAGCAGAUCUUUCCAGAUGGGUGUAGAAUUUUGAGAUUUACAUCCACUUUGGGCCUAAGGAAAGCGCUGUACCAUGAACAGCUCUUUUCAGCAGAUCUGAAGGCUUUGAUUUAUAUGUAGCCUUCUGUCCUUUUCUUUUAGCUUAGAAGAUCCUAAGAAUCCCUUUUAUUCCUUCUUGCAAGAAAAGUAAAAGGUAGUCUCUUUUCUCCAGAGUGGAAAUAUAUAAUGGGGAGAAGACACUCUUCAUUGUCUACUUGGUAGUCUGGCAAAGUUAAACACAGUUCAGGGAACCCUAUGGAAAAAACGUAGACUGUUAAAAUCUUAUGUAUUUGUUUGACAUUACAGUAGAUCUGUUUGAGAGAGGAAGAAAGCCAUCCUUUUUCACCAGUGCCAAAAUCAGUUCAGUUUUGAAGUGUCUUCAGAAUGUCUGUCCAUGUGCGGGUUAACUGUAAAGACUAUUCAUGCUUCACAUCAACUCCUGAUUUGUGUUACAUUAGUUGUGUUAUGGGUCCUGGUCAUGACCUCUGUAUUUUUCUUAAUGUUUUCCUAAUCUUACCUGAAACUUUUGUCUCUGCAAAAUGUGGUAUUAAUUACAAAGGAGUUAAUACUCCACAUUUUCCUCACUUGAGUUUUCCAGUAAAUGUCCCAAUUAAAAUCUUCACAAAUGUUUUGUGUUA